CAUCUCCGCCAAGCCUUUAACUCUCUUUUCUUUGAAAUUUUCUAUCCAUCCAAACACUCAGACUGAGAAAGAAAAAGCAGCAGGUCGAAGACCAAAAUGGCCUUCGCAACUGCAAAAUUAACGGAGUUUCCUUUCACCUCUCACUCAUCCUCUCUCCACUUCCUCUUCCCUAAAACCCCCCUAUCUCUCCUUAAACCCUUCUCUUCGCUCCGGACCACUGACUCCAACAACCUCAGAAACCGUAAAACUAAACGAUCCCUUUAUCCUUGGGACCAUCAAAACUCUCGAAAAAGCUCUAACACUAAUCCUAAUUCUAGUACCAAAUCUUGGAUUAACAAAUGGCCUUCUCCCAAUCCUUCGAUUGAGUCAGAACACAGAGGCAUUGAUUCUAAGGGUAGGGAUGGGACGGAGAGUCGGUAUUUCGAUGGACGGAGCGGGACUAGUGCGAUAGAGAGGAUUGUGCUCCGGUUGCGGAAUCUAGGGUUGGGUUCGGAUGAUGAGGAUAAGAAUGAGGGGGAAGUGGAGAGUGGUGAUACAAUGCCAGUGACCGGGGACGAGAAAUUGGGGGAUUUGUUGCAACGGGAUUGGGUGCGACCCGAUAGUAUGUUGAUUGAGGAUGAGGAUGAGGAUGACAUGAUUUUGCCAUGGGAGAGGGGAGAGGAGCGGCAAGAAGAGGAGGGAGAUGGGAGAUUGAAGAGGAGGGCAGUCAGGGCGCCAACGUUGGCGGAGCUGACAAUUGAGGACGAGGAGCUGAGGAGAUUAAGGCGGCUCGGGAUGACAAUAAGAGAGAGGAUUAAUGUGCCCAAGGCAGGCAUUACACAAGCGGUUUUGGGGAAGAUUCAUGAGAAGUGGAGGAAGGAAGAGUUGGUGCGGCUUAAAUUUCAUGAGGCUCUUGCGCAUGAUAUGAAGACAGCCCAUGAGAUAGUCGAGCGUCGUACUGGAGGAUUAGUUACAUGGAGGUCAGGAAGUGUUAUGGUAGUGUUUCGGGGAACCAACUAUGAAGGUCCUCCUAAACCCCAGCCUGUUGAUGGAGAAGGUGAUUCUCUUUUUGUGCCAGACGUUUCUUCUGUUGACAAUCCGGCAAUGAGGAAUGAUAACAAUGCUGGUCCUACUUUAGAAAAGGGCUCUUUGCCUGUCAGGAAUCCAGUCCAUGCUGAGAACAUGACAGUAGAGGAAGCUGAAUAUAACAGCCUAUUAGAUGGUUUGGGUCCUCGUUUUGUUGAUUGGUGGGGUACAGGAGUAUUGCCUGUUGAUGGUGAUUUACUCCCACAAAGUAUCCCUGGCUACAAAACACCGUUAAGAAUUCUUCCAACAGGAAUGCGGCCACGGCUGACCAAUGCAGAGAUGACUAAUUUACGGAAGCUUGCGAAAUCACUUCCUUGUCAUUUUGCCCUUGGGAGAAAUAGAAACCACCAAGGGUUGGCUGCUGCUAUUAUAAAGCUUUGGGAGAAAAGCAUAGUUGUGAAAAUUGCUGUCAAACCAGGAAUCCAGAAUACAAACAACAAGUUAAUGGCUGAAGAAAUAAAGGACCUAACAGGAGGAGUGUUACUACUUAGAAACAAAUAUUACAUUGUCAUAUAUCGUGGAAAGGAUUUCCUUCCAACAAGUGUUGCUGCUGCUCUGUCAGAAAGAGAGGAAUUGACUAAACAUAUUCAAGUUGUUGAAGAGAAAGUGCGGACUGGAGGAGCAGAGGCAAUUCCAUCUGGUGAAGAUGGAGUCGGACAGCCUCUUGCAGGUACAUUAGCAGAGUUUUAUGAGGCUCAAGCUCGAUGGGGAAGAGAAAUAUCUGCAGAAGAACAUGAGAAGAUGAUAGAAGAAGCUUCUAGAGCUAAGAGUGCAAGGGUAGUAAAGCGUAUUGAGCAUAAACUAGCCCUUGCCCAAGCCAAAAAGCUAAGAGCAGAGAGACUAUUAGCUAAGAUAGAAGCAUCCAUGAUUCCUGCUGGUCCUUCUGAUGACCAGGAAACAAUAACUGAUGAGGAGCGGUUUAUGUUUCGCAGGCUUGGUUUAAGAAUGAAGGCAUACUUGCUUCUUGGCGUUCGUGGUGUUUUUGAUGGUGUUAUUGAGAAUAUGCAUUUACAUUGGAAGCAUAGAGAACUUGUGAAGCUAAUCUCCAAACAAAAGACCCUCGCAUUUGUUGAAGACACAGCAAGAUUAUUGGAAUAUGAGAGUGGUGGGAUACUAGUGGCAAUAGAAAGAGUUCCAAAAGGUUAUGCCCUUAUAUAUUAUCGUGGAAAGAAUUAUCGACGACCUGUUAGCCUGAGGCCAAGAAACCUUCUAACCAAGGCAAAAGCAUUAAAGCGAUCAGUGGCCAUGCAGCGCCAUGAGGCUCUCAGUCAACACAUAUCUGAACUGGAGAGAACCAUAGAGCAAAUGAAAAUGGAAAUAGGAGAUUCUAAAGAUGCAGAGGAUAAGGAUUCCUGGAGCACAGAAGGCCAUGGCCAGUUCGAUCAAGUUUCAGAGGUCAGCAAAAGUGAAGAUGAAGCUUCAGGCAUGGAUUCUGAUGCUGAUGAUGUUGAAGACAUUGACUGGAAGGAUGAUGAAGAGUCUGGCAUUUCACGCUUCAAGAAUCAUGAUGAUCUUUCCAGCAUAAAGUUUUAACACUACUUCGAAUUGUUUUGAAGUGACAGGAUUCCAUUUUCGACAGUGCCAUAUCAAUUAAGGUUGAUGGAUGUGAGUGGCUCAUGACAGCAUGGAUAAACUUUCUUGGUUUCUUGGCGGAAAUCCUUGGACCCAUUGCUGUAGGAAUCUUGGAAUUUGAAUUGAGUUUGUGAGAAUGAAUAGGCAGUUGUUCAGCUGCAGUGAUAUCCCUUGUGCAUCAAACUUAGCCUGUGUAUGGAGUGCUCUCCUUAUGGAAUCAGCAUUUUAGUUGAAGCUUGAUGGCCAUGGACUCUACCAAGCAUGUGUGCUGAGUUUAUGCCCUUUUUCAGGUCAAUUUUUAAAUUAAUUACAAAAGUAGGAGUGUCCUUUCAAGCUAUCCUCCCAAGUUCUCAUUGUAAAGUCUUUCUGGAUUGUCGUGCACGUGUAACUAGCUUCUGAUUGCAUGGGCCGUUGUUUUGCGGGUUAGAGUUGAAACGUCCUCAAGUUGUUGAUUUAAAAGUUAUUACUUCAUUCUAA